CAUCAUCCUAAACUGUAUUUGGCAACACUGGACAGUUGACUGGCUCUUUUUAGCAAACUUCAGAGCUGUUGGGGAAGACUGGGGUAUAAAGCGUUUUAGUAAAGCAACAAGUUAAAAACAACCGAUUUCAUGAUUCGCUUCUGGCUGCGGUUGUUCUUUGUGCUCGCGUGGCUCGGUUUCUGGGAGCCUGCCGAGGCACGAAGAGCACGCUUUAAACCAACACCACCGAAGCCAAAGAAAUCCGAGGCAGAACAGGCUAUUGAAAAACUAGCUCCAGGUCAGAACAUCAACAUUGAUCAGAUGAGUGGGAAGUGGUACCUUCUUACUGUGGCAUCACGGUGUAAGAAUCUUCUGGAGAGCGGCUUUAAGCUGGAGAGCACGACUGCCACUUGGACUGUCACUGGUGACAAGGUGUCAGUGAGCACUGUGAGGAAACUCAAUUUUGAAUGCUGGGAAAUCAAGCAGAACUACAUGAGAACAAAGACCCCUGGCCAACUGUUUCUCAAAGGUAAGAGACCUGCUGAGAAUGUGGACAUAAUGGUGCUUGAGACAGACUACAGCUCUUAUGCUAUGGUGGUUUUUAAAAAAGCAGGGAAAAUUACCAUGAAACUGUAUGGACGUUCCGGUGAAGUGCCUGAUAAUAUAGUGGAUAAAUUUGAGGAUCGUGCAAAGACAUUCAAAUUGGGAUUGGACGUCAUUUUCCAGUAUCCUGACUAUGGGUUCUGCGAGUCCACAGAAAAGGUCCUGGAUCUAUCCUAAGACUGACUGGCCAGCAUCUUGUGAGCACUGUGAGAAAGUGUUGUGCUAAGAAUUGCACCAAUAAAGCUAUUUUGUAAUUUUAA